CAUGUGCAACGUCAUCAUACCUCGACUCUGAGCAGAAACAAGCGCCACAUUUUUACUGCGGCAGAAAUUAUUUUUGCUGUGUUAUUGUCACCUUCUACCCAAACGUGUUUGGGUUUAGAUUAGGAGUGACAUAAAUACACCAUGAGUUUAUUUGGGACAACUUCUGGGUUUGGUACUGGAGGCACCAGUGUCUUUGGAAGCACCACAACAGAUACUCAUAAUCCAAUGAAGGAUGUUGAAGUGACUUCACCACCAGAUGACAGCAUCAGCUGUUUGGCCUUUAGUCCUCCCACUCUGCCUGGAAACUUCCUCAUUGGAGGAUCUUGGGCUAAUGAUGUCCGGUGCUGGGAGGUGCAGGACAAUGGACAAACUGUCCCCAAAGCCCAACAGAUGCACACUGGCCCGGUAUUGGAUGUCUGCUGGAGUGAUGAUGGGAGUAAAGUGUUCACUGCUUCCUGUGACAAGACGGCCAAAAUGUGGGAUCUAAACAGCAAUCAAGCAAUGCAGAUUGCACAACAUGAUGGUCCAAUCAAAGCCAUACAGUGGAUUAAAGCACCAAACUAUAGCUGUGUCAUGACUGGCAGCUGGGACAAAACACUGAAGUUUUGGGACACCCGUUCUCCCAAUCCCAUGAUGUCUCUGCAGAUGCCAGAAAGGUGCUACUGUGCAGAUGUUGUAUAUCCCAUGGCGGUGGUUGCCACAGCUGAGAGAGGCCUGAUAGUUUACCAACUAGAGAACCAGCCUUCUGAAUUUCGCAGAAUAGAGUCACCUCUUAAACAUCAGCAUCGUUGUGUUGCCAUAUUCAAGGACAAGCAGAACAAGCCUACGGGAUUUGCACUGGGAAGCAUUGAGGGCCGUGUGGCCAUCCACUAUAUCAACCCUCCAAACCCAGCCAAAGAUAACUUCACAUUCAAGUGCCACAGGUCUAAUGGAACCAACACAACCACUCCACAGGACAUCUAUGCUGUGAACGCCAUCUCCUUCCAUCCUGUCCAUGGCACACUAGCUACUGUGGGCUCAGAUGGCCGUUUCAGCUUUUGGGACAAAGACGCCCGCACUAAGUUGAAGACAUCUGAGCAGCUUGACCAGCCAAUCACAGCUUGCUGCUUCAACCACAAUGGCAACAUCUUUGCAUACGCUUCCAGUUACGACUGGUCCAAGGGCCAUGAGUACUACAACCCCCAGAAAAAGAACUACAUCUUCCUGAGGAACGCAGCCGAGGAGUUGAAGCCUAGGAAUAAGAAAUGAUCCUUCAUUCCACAUCUGUUGUGAGGAAAUGCGGAAGACCUGCUGCGUUAUUGUGUCUUUACACUCAAGACAGACUCCUUCCUUUCGGCAAACACCCGGACCAAUGCCACGGUUGCUGUGUACUGUGCAUGGACCAAUCAGAGGGGCCUGCCCACCCGCCGUUGAUGACAUCUGUGUGGCAGUUUGUCAUCAAAGAAGGGGAGGGCUUACUUUAUUCACUUUGCUGUUUUAAAUGUUUUUUUUUUCUUUUGUCAUGUCUUUUUUUAUUACAGCUUUCCAAGGACUUGAUUUGCUGUCUCUCUGUGGUUUAGCGUCAUCAUUAAACUGGGAUGUAAAAUAAAUAAGCAACUGUACUUAUUCCAAGUG